UGGUUACACUGCUGAAACCCUUUAAACUGCAGAAACGUUCGCGUUUUUUCGUCGCGACGUAUUUUUUUCGAAAAGAAACGCAACGAAUAGCUAACAAUUGGCCAGUAUAAAGUUUUGUUCCAAUUGCGACCCAAACUUAAAGCCAAUUGGCGUAAUAAACGUCGGUCAAGUGCCAGCGGAUAAUUCAGAAAAGGAGAGAAACACGCACGCGAAAAAACGAAGUUGUGCGGAAAAACCAGUUUCCUUUUUGCCAAGCCAGCAGCAGCAAAAACAUAAGGCAUAUAUAAAAUAAAACAAGCAGAAAAGCCUGUCCAGUCCAAAUCGAAAUUGCCCCAUAAGAAAUCAAAAGAAAUGUUAAUGAAAGUGUCGUGCAAUAAAACGAAUUAAUCAAAAAAAUAUGAAAACAAGAUUUUCCCACUGCGAUUUCCUGCGAACUGUGCUUGUAUCAGCUUAACUAACUAAAAAAAAGUUUAAUUGUGCAACAAUAACAACAACAAAGCAGCAGCAGUAAAGUCUCAACAAUUGGCACAAUUGGCGAUAAAUCAAGCAGAAGCCAAAGAAGAAGAAGCAGCAGCAGCAGUGUGAACUUAAAGCAGACGCAGCGGAAAACACAAACAAACGAAAUAACAAUAAUAGCGGUGCAUGUAAAAAAGGGAAAACGAAUAAAUCUACGAAUAACGAACUGCAAGCGAGAGUGAGAUAGCAGCAGCUGUCUUAUUAGCAUAUCCAACGCAGGGGAGUAGAAGUAAAAGUGUACUCUUUCAAAGCAAGGAGAGAGUGCUCAAGAGAGAUCAUCUUUCUGAGAAAGAGGACCAAGGAGUUCAAGUUUUAAACUCAAAGAAAGGGUUUCAAGUUAUUGAAGUGAAGAAGGAUUUAACUCCGUUAUCAGGAGUAAUAGUGACUAAGAAGGAAAUAAAUAAGUAGUAGUAAAAGGAGAAAUAGAUAAAAGCAAGCAGUGUAGAGAGAGAGAGAGAGAGAAAACUGAAGAAAACCUUAAGAGAAAAGGAUUACCUCUACUCCUUAAGAGAAAAAAAGCAGUGCGAAUAGCCGGAAUCAGAAUCUCGCCGCCCCACUCUCAAGUAUCGAUUUCGCAAUUUCGCUUGUCGACUAUUUUUGUUGGCAACCGUUGACAGUUGGCAGCUGCAGCGGGAGGCGCGGGAGGCCGGGCCAUCAGCAUGUGGCCCUAGACAAAAGCAACAACCAUAAAAAAAGCUAAAAGUGCAAAAAUAAAGGGGGGAUUCGAAGGUGGAGGAGUCGAGGAACCACUUGGCAUUCAGGCAGCGAAGCAUAACCAAGCGGUUAGGUUUAGACCGGAAAAGCGUCGAUGAGUUGAGUGCCCCUCACUUCCACUCCACUCCACCCUCUUACCCAAAUAACCCCUCCGAACUCCGUCCCGCAAUGGAUGCAUCGCCCCUGUCGCCGGAACAGGCUCCCAUCUUGGCCACCGGGAGGUCAUUGGACCAGCAGGUGGACGCCAGUUCGCCCAACCACUCGAACUACUCGAAUCUCACGAACAGCAGCAGCAGCGGCAGCAGUGCCAGCAGUCCUUCCGCUUGCUCCUCCUCGUCUUCCUCGUCCUCGGCACCCCAGUACAGUGCGGAUAUCAGGGCGGUUGCUCUGCAUCCACAACAACAGCUGCGAGGAUCUGCCUCUGGAUCGCGCUCAGGAUCAGGAUCGGCCAAAACCUGCGAGCUAGACUUGGGCGAGGAGAGGGAUACCUUCUCACCGAUCUCUAGUCCGGAUUGCAACGGAGCAGCCGCCGUAGAUGUCCUGCCCUCUUCUAGUGGCUCUGUGGACAACAAGAUUUACGAGGGAGGAAGCAAGGUGAAGCCACCCUCCAAGGAGGAGAAGCAGCGCCAGAACGAGGAGAUUGUGUGCAUGGAGACUUCGACGGUGUCCACAGAAACUGGCUCAUGGGAAUCCAUGUAUCCCGCAGCGAACGUUGCUCCCCUCGAACAACAAGAGGACACGGAAACUAGUUCAGUUUUCAAGGGCAUCAGCGCCAGCACUUUGCUGCGGGAUCUGGAGAAGCGUGACCAGCCGUUGUCCACCUCGGGAACCAGUGCCUGCUUCAUAGACGCCUCAUCUUUGAGAGACGAUGAUGAGGUGCUUUCCUUUCCCAGCCUAGAUGGUCACGGCCAUGAGGAGGAAGUCGGACAAGAGGUGACUGCAGAGGAGGAGACAGAGCCCUCUCCAACACAACAACUGGAGCAGUUUCACAAGUCAUUUGCCAAGUGCAAAGGCGUCAGAAUCACACAUCAACAGCAGAGGGAGCCAGAAGCAGAAGAUCCACCGGAUGAGCUAGUGGAGGAUCGACCUGCUCCGAUGUCUGUGCCCUACAGCUUCCAGCACAACGCUCAGCACUUUAGCGUGCAUCCUCUGGGUAGCAGCCCUAAGUUCACCCACCACCAGCAUCAGCACAACCAGAGUCAGCAGCAUCCCGAUCUCAGCUACACCACAGACUACUCCUCCAGUAGUCCGGCUCCAAGCUUAGUGUGGUCAGAGCAAGGCAGGAAUCACCAGAGCGCCUCCGCCUCCACGCCCCACAACUCGAUGGUGCACAUUGAACCCGCGUCGGCCGGGAGCAACAACUCCUCCAUUCACAGGGACUACACUCUAUCUUCCUCUCUCUCGCAUCACAGGGAUUCCGGUGCGUACUGCAGUGAUGCCACAGACUCGCCGCUGCCCCUGCCCCGCACCCCCAAGAGAAGUUCGAAGUUCGAUGAGGCCAACCCCAUUGUUUCUGGCGGAGCCUCCAUAGAGGAUUUCCGGGAGAAGCAGUGCGAGAGUCCCAGCAUCAAAAGACGCACAGACACCUGCCCGAUUGUUUCGGGAGGAUUCGUGUCCUUGGACUUUGCACCCACUCGCCCGCUGGCAGAUGAGGAUGAUGAAGACCUGGCCGAAGAUGCAGAGAUAGCUGGCGUGGAAAUGCGGGUAAAGUCAGGUCUACAGAGAAAGCCCGUUCCCGGUAUUGCCUCCUGGGUGGUGGACAUGAGUGACUGCCGACCUGAGAGGAGGAGGAGCACCAGCAGCACCACUUCCAGUUUCCGCGAGCGUUCCGAUUCGAACAGCUCGCACAAGAGCGGAUGUGGCUUCUACGUUUCCUUGGAUGACAUGGACAGGAAGCCGCAAGAGCAGCCAAAGCCAAAUACAGCAGCUCCUUCAUCGCAAUUAAGCAAAUCCUACACAGCACCCAAGUCAGCUGGAUUCUUCGUGGAUCUUUCACAGACCGUUAAGGAUGAGGAACAGGCGCCUAAGGAUCAGGAGUUGACUGAAGCUAGGGAGGAACCCAAACCAGAACCUAAGAAUAUAUUCAGUAUGUUCAUUGAUUUCGGGGAGCAAAAGACACCGCGCUCCAAUGGCAGGAAGGAACCCUUGAGUCUGGCUCAGAGGCUGUCCAGCUCUUUGAGCUCUUCGGCUUCGAGAAGGGGAGACACCGAGGUGAUGAAAUCCAGCGCCAGUUCCACCGAGACUCUGAUGGCCAAAAGUGUUAAUCAGAAGGAUAUGUCAGUAGUUACUGGGGAGAGUAAAUCUCUGGACUACAGAUGCAACUUGGAGCCUCCGCUAACAGUGGCUGCACUGCGUCGUCUUUCGCAGCAGCAUCGCCAACAAAACGAUCCCUCGAAGCGUCACAGCUGGGGCAGCAACGGCAAACCGGAGCAGGCAUCCGGAUCGGGAUCAGGUCACGAUUGCAAGCGUUCCAUUAGCCUUACUGCCAAUGGCGGAACGGAUUCGGGAGCUGGUCUAAUGAGCAUCAUUGACAAGCUUCCCAUUAUAUCCAAGGCAUCCUCCCUGUCCAUAGAUAGCUCUGUAUCACCCUACGAUGAUUUCAGUGGCUCCAAUCCCGGCUUAAGCAGCUGUUCGGAGGAAGAACAAGGUCAAAUCCAGGGAAGGAUCAAGAAGAGGCGAAGGGAUGUUCAACUGAACGAGACCUAUGACAAAUCCAGUUUGGCCUCAGUUACGGAGGGCAUUCUCUCCAAGGACAUGUCGCCCGCUUCCAAUACAGACACCGAUGAUCUCACCUUCCAACAGGACGAACAGCUUGCAAAGGAGCAGGCGGAGCUGGUUUCAGUGCCCCUCCAGCUGAGCAGCAGCUCCAAUCGUACCAGCAGCGUAAUGGAGACCAUCAUCGAGGCUAAGGAGACAGCCUCGCCCAAGAAGCAGGUUACCCUUAACAAUGGCCAUACGAUGGAAUCCCUGCACGCCACCAUCGAAAAACAGAAGCAACUGCUGGAGACGGUCAAUGAGCAUUCAGAACAAACGACGCAACAGCCCACUCAGAUCCCUUCGAGCUUUGUAAAGCUCUCUGACAUGGAUAAGCCCGUAAAGCAUGAUCUGCAGUCUCCGGAUUCGAUGAGCAAGAGCGUGGGCAACAACCAUAGAAGCUCCCAGCUGGGUCAGAGACUCUACAGAGAUGAAAACCGGGGUCGACCGCACUCCUGGGCCAUGACCCGAUCCACCGGAAACACGCUGCAGAACUUCACGAAUUCGGUUGACAAUAUUAGGAGUCUGUCCCGUCUAUUUCCCAACUUCUCUAAGGAGUUUUCCAACUCGCUACCCAACGGUAUGACAUUGGAACAGGUUCAGGGUCAGCAGGUGGACUAUAUCCAAACGGAUCUCAGUGCGGACUCGAGUCUGGCCUCCAGUUUCAGUAAAUCGGGAAUGGAUGAAUCCUCGCUGAGCUGCAGGCAGCCCAGGCGAUUAGGAGAGGAUUUGCUCAAGAUGUUCCUGCAGGAGAUUGCCACGGACAUGCUAGUGGAAGUGCACGGCAGGCGGAUUCGCGCCCACAAGUGCAUUCUGCGCUCUCGAUGCCAGUACUUUGCUGCCAUGCUGGCGGGCCACGGAUCACAGAGUGUGGUCUCCCUACAGGGUUACUCCUAUGCAGCUGUGCACUUUGCACUGUGCCACAUAUAUUCGGGUGCAUCGCAUCCACCGGAUGGGAUCAGUUUGAUGGAGUUGGCCGCUUUGGCGGAUUUGCUGGGACUGGAAGGCCUUAAGGAGGUUACCUCACAUGCGCUAAAGACGAACUACUGCCACAACUUCCACAAACCUUGCUCUGGUUGCACAGAUGGCAUCCUACAGGUUCUGCCCGUGGCCUUGAACCAUGCCCUGGACGAUUUGUACAGGAAAUGCCUGCGCUGGACAUGUCGACACUACCUGAAAGUGUGGCCGACAAGGCAGUUUGCUCAGUUGCCCCCUGACAUAUUGGGACGAUGCCGCCAACAGAUUGUCGCUUACUUGACCUCGGAAACGGUGUUGGACACGGUGCUCGACUGCGACCAUUUGCUGGCCCAACUUUCGGCCUAUCGCUGGGGCCACGUCUGCGAGCAGCUUGUGCGGGAGAUACUGGAGGCAGCUUACGCCUAUGUAGGUGACCAUUUUGCCAGUUUGAUCGCCAGCGAUGCCUUCCUAUCGCUGGGCCAUGACCGCAGCAGGCACAUUCCGCGCUUGGAAACGUUGCUCCUACACACAGCUGCAGAGUUGACGCCGGAGCAGGCAUGUCGGAGUUAUCAGCGGGUAACCCGCUUGAAUACCGUACUGCAGGCAAAGGUAAUUCACAUGCCUGCCAGUUUGGGCCAAUCGGAGCUGGCACGGGAACUGCAAGGUCUGCAGGAAGAGCAACUUGAUUGGCAGCCGGAGUACAUUCGACUGGUCGGAGCACUCGUUUAUGCCGUGGAGCAGUGCCUCAUUCGACAGUGCUCAAGGGCCAUGAGGGUAACUGCCUGGCAACGCAUGGAUCUAGAGCUGCGUAAGAAGAUUCAAACGCUGGCUCGUCUCACAGAACCGCUAGACAUGAAGCGUCAGAAUGGCAAACCUGUGGGAAAGGCGUUUUCCUUUGGCGGAAGCACACGGAGCCAGGACCUUGUGCAGAUUAAGUUGGCCAUUCAAGCGCAGACAAAGCGAGCCCAUGCCCAGGAGACACUGUUGUACAAGGCCACCCAGACACAAGACGCCACUGGUGGAUCUGGUCACGUGCAAACUGCUGAUCGAGGAGUGCAGGCGAAUCAUGAGUCCCGGGAGGGAGGAAAUAAACUACUGAAGUCCAACUCCCGUGCCUAUGUUCCGCAUCGGGCCAGCUCACAGGUGGCUUCCGAGCGCAACAGCUUAAAUCUUCAUCGACGCACACAGUCGGAGGCUCCGCCAGUGACCCACAAGAAACAGCCUACAGUGGUAGCUUCCACAGUAGAGCCUAAGACUGCUCAAGCAAAGGCUACCACAGUGACUGCCAAACUUGGCGAAGUGCGACCCCGUUACCUGGAACCGCGUAAACCAAGGGUUGCAGCUCCAUUAGCUACAAAUGGCCAUGGUGCCGGACCCGUGCGCAGUGCCACCAGCUCAAGCAUUCCAGCCAACGGUGGCAGGAAGGCCCCAGCUAAGAACCUGCACAUCUCUUCCAGCGAUAGCUCUCGGAACUCAAGUCCGGCGGCGCGCAGGGUGCAGAAUGGCACCCGUCUGGGUAACAAAUCCAGCAAUCUCUCCAUGGACAGCUUGGCAUCACCGGCACGACGAGCUAAGAGCAACUCUAGGGGACCACAGGACAGGUACUCCUCCGACCAGAACUCGCUGGCGGAGAGCAUGAAGAGCUCUGUGAUUACCAAUAAAACGAUCUCACACGAGUCGCUCUCGGGCAGCUCGAAGCUGGCUAGAAUCCAGCAGAUAAAUGGCCAUGGAAAAGGAGUUGGGACAGGAAAAGUCAAAGCAACUCAAAGGGGCUCCACUGUUGGCAACAAGUCUACCCGCCAGCUAAAGCAACAGCACAAUGCGAUGGCCUCCAACGGGUCUAGUCCCAGUUCGGUGCAUACAACCAAGUCAGCAACCAGUCGUCUGUCUUCCGUCAGCAGAACGUUUUCCACUCGGGAGCUGUUCAAGCAGCGCUCUAUUUCGGUGCCGGCAGGUGGCACAGAUGGAGCUCCAAAUAAGGGUCGCCAUAGCUUCCUUUCGGCGAAAUCGCGAGAGAUCCUGGCCAAGCGGGCGGAGAAGAACAAGCUUCAGCAGCAGCAACAGCAACAAAAGCAAACCGAAGCUCCGGUUGAAGAGCGAGGGUCAGUCCAACUACGGUCGUCUGCUGGCCCCUUGCGCUCCUCCUCACAUUCCGCGGUGUCCAGCAUGCUUCAGCAGCACAAUCUGCGCAACAGCUUGCCCUCCAGCAUUCCCACCAGGCGCCCCAAUACGCUGCAUCUAAAGAAAACUACUGCGGCGACCAAUGGAGUGGGUGGCCCCACUAAAGUUACUACCAAUGGGCUGACGAAUGGAAGCUACAAGUCGGCCCAGGCGGUAAAACAGAAACUGGACCUGCUUAUAGAUGCCCAGCUGGAGAGUGGGGUGCCCAAAGAGCGGGUGGAGUCCAAACUAGAGCGCUCUAGCACUUUCUGCAAGGAUAGCGCCGAUCUGGAUAUCAGUGAAUUGCAGAUUGUGGAGUAAUCAAAUAAUAGAAAAUAGAAGAGUAACAGCAUCAAUACCCGGGGUCGUAUCAAAUAUGGCCACUGAGCAGAUGCCAACCCGAAACCAGAACCGUACACGUCCCAUAAGGCAACACUAGUCAAUAAUCUAGCAUGCAGCUGCCGUUGCAGUUGGCGCAUGAAACCAUUAUACAAUAACGAUAAUAACGAGAUGAU